UAUAAAUACACACUCCUCACCAACAAUUUUAAUCCCAUAUCCCAUAUCUUUGUAAUCUUUUUGUGAGUUCAAUUCAUUUGCGAGAGAGUAUAGAGAUCAUGCAUUACCAAACGCAGCAGCCGUGGGGUUGUUACGUGGGGAGGGCCGCCGCCGGGGAGGAUCCGGUGGAGCGGAUACAGCGCCUGGCGGCCGAGAACGCCGUGGUCAUAUUCAGCAUGAGCACGUGCUGCAUGUGCCACGCCAUCAAGCGCUUGUUCUGCGGGAUGGGGGUCAAUCCAACAGUGUACGAGCUCGACGAGGACCCGAGAGGUGGGGACAUGGAGAAGGCGCUCAUGAGGCUUUUGGGAACCUCCUCCGCCGUCCCGGUCGUGUUCAUUGGUGGCAAACUCGUUGGCGCCAUGGAUAGAGUCAUGGCCUCCCAUAUCAGUGGCUCUCUCGUUCCCCUCCUUAAAGAUGCUGGAGCACUUUGGCUCUAACUCUGAUUCUAAUAUAUAGUCUCUCUUGCCAAUCAAGAGAAUACGUGUAUUGAGAAAGAGUUUGAAGAAUGUAAUUUGAUCGUGCAUCCAACCGUGAGGAGAGACCACCACGAUUUGUAGCAGUCUGGUCAACUUAUUUUUUCCAGGAGUUAGGUGCAGUACUGUUGUCCUUUGGACAUACUAAUUUUAAUCAACUAAUUAUUAACGUUGAGUUUUUAUUAUUUUUGUUUAAUCCUUUGAUUAGCAGAGAGAUUAUCAAUGUAAUUUGCCGAUCUCCCUCCUCUGUAUAAAAGUGAAAAUUUGGGAAAAAGAGAAAAA